GCACACAGCAUGCAGUCAGUCAUUGGCGAGCAGAUUACCCAGGCCACUCCCUCCCUCUGCCGGUUGCUGCUUUAUAAAUAGCCCGGAGUGGCUGUGAGGGCUUGGCACAGCCUUGCAUGACUUUGCGCAGGAGUUGUGUGCUCGUGCUGUACCUGCUUCACCCCUGCAAGGUUCCCUCUGUGCUGAACUCAAGCUAACCUCUGCAGUGCACACGCUUACAGCCUCACUGGCACUGCACUUUUUCACUGUUGUCCUAGUCCCUCUGCUCACACCCCUACUCCGCUAACUCUACCCAACACCUCUCCUCAGAUUCUCACGCUUUUCUAAGCCUCCUCUUAUAUAUAUUGUAUUUGUCUUCACAUCCCGCCAGGUUUGCCUUCUUUUUUUAACUCUUGAACUUUUCUUUCAUUUGUCCCUUUACCUGACUUCUUCUCACUUCUGUCAUGGAGCUGGCAUCCUCCCCUUCACUCUGGGCUCACGCAGUCGUGUGGCUCCUGUUCUCCUGCCUGUUGUUUUUAAGGUUUUCCAGCUCUGACAUGGGUUUGAUCCCCUUGUUGAUGCUCUAUGUGUUGCCCCUGGUACUCCUGGACUGGCUGUGCCACCUGUACCUGCCGGUGUCUCUGGGGAUACUGUGCUUGAGCACUGCCUGUUGGUGGGUGCUGGGUAGGGCAACGCCAAGGAAGCUGCUGCAGGCGAAGGGAAAGACAGUGUUUAUCACAGGCUGUGAUACUGGAUUUGGCAAUGUUGCUGCCCAUAAGCUGGACACUUUAGGGUUUUCGGUGAUUGCUAGUGUCCUCAAUCUUGAAAGUCCAGGAGCCAAGGAGCUCAAGAAGAAGUGCUCAGAGAAUCUAACAAUCAUACAAAUGGAUCUUACAAAGCCAGAAGAUAUUCAAAAAGCUCAACAGAUAACAAAAUCAAAGACUGCUCAGACUGGUCUUUGGGCUUUGAUAAAUAAUGCUGGCUAUUGUGCACACUAUGGAGAUGCAGAGCUGUCACUGAUGUCAACCUACAGAGGCUGCAUGGAAGUCAAUUUUUUUGGUACGUUAGAGAUUACCAAAGCCCUCUUACCACUGAUACGAAGCUGUAAAGGAAGAAUUGUGACCGUCAGCAGCCCUGCAGGUGAGCACUCUUUCCCUUUCUUGGCCGCAUAUGGAUCCUCAAAAGCGGCACUGAGCCGUGUCAUGGACAUAUUCCGUCAUGAACUCAUGCCUUGGGGUGUUAAAGUCAGUAUCAUACAGCCAGCAUCCUACAAAACCGGUGCCCAUGAUAACAGGGCUCAUUGGGAGAGCCAGCACAAAAAGCUCCUGGCCAACCUACCCAGCGAGGUUCUACAGGCUUAUGGAGAGGAAUACAUCUCAGAAACCCAAGACCUGUUCAAGAAACAUGGAGAUACAGCCUGCUCGGACUUCAGCCCUGUAAUAGACAGCAUUACAGAUGCUGUUCUAUCAGAGAAUCCAAGUGUGAAAUAUUUUGCUGGAAAGCGUGUAUGGCUUCUGUACUUCAUAGGAAACUAUUUGCCACAGAGCAUAAGUGAUAACUUUUACAAAAGCAUAUUCUUGAGAAAUGGGAUCAAGCCAAGAGCGCUUCAGAAACAGGAUAAAGUGGAGUAGGAUCAUUUCGUAUAAUCCUCCCAAUUACUUUUACUAUGGCGUGGAGAAGAAUCAAUGUGACUUUGAAUAAAUACCUCUUUGACCUAUGUGUCUUGAUCAAGAAAGAGGGAAGCCAUUUAAUCUUCUGUCAGCCUAUCCAGUUUCAAAUUUCCAAUAAAACAUUUUGAACAAGCAUCAAGAUAACAAUGUCAGCUCAGCAAAAUGUAUGAAUUCCCUUUUUUCCACAUUCUAUUCUUCAAAAAUACCUAUCUUGUAUCUUCUUGAAACAUAUGCAGACUGUGUUUAACCAGCUUGCUCCAUUAACAUGAAAUAUGGUUCUUGUGGACUAUGCAAAGUCUUAUUCAUCAGUGGUUAUGGGGAAAAAUUCAUAAAAUACCAUAAGAGUAAUACUAUUGAUGAUCUUUUGCACUGCAUAUUUUUCAGUUGGGAAAAAUAUAUAUUUAUUUGUCAUUUCUUUUCAAUAUGUCAAUCAGAAUCCUGGAACAUUACCUGAAUAGCUAUUGGUCACGGUGGCACUAAUACAUCUGUGGCAAAUACAUUUUCAGAAAUUUGUAGAGGUCUCUUUUUUUUUUUUUUUUGCCUUUUCACAUUUAACAUGGGUACUCUUAAAGAAUUGAAAGCAUUUGCUAUAGUGUGUAAGCCACACAAACUCUUAAACCUAAACAUUUUAUUUCAUUAUUUAGGUAGAACAUACAAUUUUAAACAACUUUCCAGUUUACAUCUAUUAUCAAAUUUGCUUCAUUCUCUUGGUAUCAUUUGUUGAGGGAGCAGCAAUGCACUACUGGUUUCUUCUAACUGAAAAAAUGGGUAAGCCAAUAACAAUCAGUAUAGAUAUGCAGCCACAAAUCAGCUGCUAGAACCUAGGUUAUUUUCUGCUCCUGAGCUUUCCUAGAUAAACCUUUCAGCAAAGGAUAAAAAGAGAAGGAAGCAAAUUAAAUACUAGAAGUAAAUCGUAAAGUUGUUUUAAAUUGUAUGCUCUGUCUAAAUCAUGAAUGUCUAAUUAUGACUUUACUGUCCCUUUAACUCUAUUUUAAAUAAAAAUUAGUAAUACACAUUUUAUGUUUAUUUCUAACCGAAAACUGUUCUUUAAUGGAAAACCAUGUUUGAAGUCAAUUUUUAUAGUAUAAUUUAUGCCAGGGAUUGAAAAAUCCAGAGAACCACAUAUAUAUUUAUAUGCAAAUUCUUUCCAUAGCCCAUUUAAAAAAAAGUGACUAGUCCCAUGAUAUUCUGGAUGACUCGGUUUUACAUAAAUUUGUCAACCCCUUUCUUUGUUUUAACGCAAUAGUUCUAAUUUUAAAUUUACCAAUUUCUUCACCUAAUUUUUAUAUAGAUUUAAGUAAGUUAUAAUUGUGUGUAUGUGCCUCUGAAAAUGAAGACCUGUGUACUAAAGGUGGAUUUCUUGAUUUGCCUUAAAGGGACAGAAACGUCAAAGUUAUACUUUCAUAUGUUAGAGCAUGCAAUUUUAAGAAAUUUUCCACACAUGCUCACUCCUGAUAACCUAUGGGCCUACCUAGUUUACACUUCAAAAAUAGAUUCCAAGAGAACAAACCAAAUUUGAUAAUAUAAGUGAAUUGUAAAGUUUCUUAAAAUUGCAUAAUCUGUCUGAAUCAUGAAAGUUUAAUGCUGACAUUACGGUUUGUUGGCUGCCAAAGACAGAUCUUAAAUUCAUUUUGGGGAUCUGUAUUUAUUUUUAUUUUUUUUAUAAAGCUUAAUAGUUUUAUUUAUUUUCUCUCAAGCACAGCAGAUUAUUCUUUAUCUUAAAUCUUGGCUGCCAAAGAAUUGCCACACAGAGGUUGGUGUGAGAUGUUCCUACCAUAAGGCGAAACCAGUGCUUUUUGGGUUUGACCUUUUUAUUUUCUGGGUCUGCACUUUUUUAGUACUGAGGAGUAUUGCAGGUAUAUUCAAAACGGUCACUUAUUAAAAGUGAGUAUAUAAUCAACAGUAUUCUCUUUUCAGCCCAUUGACAUACGUUUCUCAUAUUAUUUUUUUCUUCACUUUCCUUCAGUCUGUGCACUUUUUAUCAUGUUUUUAACCCUUAAAGCCAUUCUCUUGUUUCUCUGGCACACACUUAUAGAUAAAAGGACAAAUAUUGAUUGGAAAAGCUGUGUAGUGGAAUAACUGUAAAAAGUAUGUUUGAUUGUGGUGUUGCACAAUGGGACGCAGGAGAUUAAGUGACAGGAUUAGUGUCUUCUAGGGGGAAAAUGCAUCAGGAAACACCUGGCACAUGAGACCUUAAAAUAGGAAAAUUAUAUGCAAUACAUUUAUAAAGGAUAUCGUCACCUUGCUUGCUUACUAUUUUAUAGAAUAUUUAUAAACCACUUUGAAGUAGGAAAUCAAUACUGCAUUCCUGAUUAUACCACUCUGAGAAAUAACUCAAAACAGACAUUGCAGCUAUGUGUGCUUUUGGUAAAAUAAUAAAAAAACAAUGUACAAACCGAGUUGUAUGCAAGUUGUUAAAAUUUUACUCUUCGCAUUAAACUGCGCAAAAUCCUAUAGCCUUUAAUAGAAAACUCUGUAGAAAAAGUUGAAAACUUUCCCACUGAUCUAAUCUACAUUGAGUCAGUAUUUGUGUUUUUGGUAUUUUUAUAUACAUUUUUCACAAGUCAACAUUGGAUAAGUUGUGUCGUGCCUCUCUGCAUUGUGAUUCCUAUAUAGACAUUUUUAUUUUUUCUAUAACGUAACAUAAUUUGUAUUUUAAAAUAUAUUCUUAAAUUCCAAAAUCAGAACUACUUAAACAACAAUUACAAUCCAUUAUAAAAAAUAGUGUAUAAUAUGUAAAAAUCAGUUGUCUGUGUGAUAAUUAAAAAAAAAAAUCUAAGUCUAAACAAGCUUGUUUCCCUACAAAUAUAUAUUUUUUUCAUUCAACCAAUAAAUGAUCUCAGGUAAUAAAAAAAAAAAUCAUAAAAUGAUAAGAUAUGUGUUCUAUAUUUUGUAAUUUUAAAUCUGUUUUAAUUGUAUGGGGCAUAUUUUUGAGCGCUCUAAAAUAUAUUUUGCACCUUUGAGUUAACUUCACUUCAAAUUGUCUAAUCUGAAUAAAAUGAAACUUUAACUUAAAGAAACAAAAUACCCAGUGUGGUCUUGUUGAAAAUACAGGAUCGUUUUUUUUUUAUAGUUUAUCUUUUGAUUAUUUUUUUUUGUCAUUUAACACGGGCUUAUGUAUAUUGCGGCAGGUAUUUUUAAAUAUUUAACAUUAGGUUUCUCAUUCAUAUAUUCUAUUAGAUCAUUUCUUGCAUGUAACCAAAACUGUAUAAAUUAUGCACGUGAAUUUUCUAAUGCUCCUGCAAAAAUACUUCAGCAAUUGGUUGAUGUACAUAUAUCUCUACUAAACUACUACCAAGUGUGUCUUCAACAAUAAGAAAAAAAAAACUCAGAUCUGAAUCUAAUUAUUUUUCCUAUUGACAUUACAGAAUUUCCUACAAUAAACACCAGAAACUCACAUAAUGAGCUGUUUUUAAUGUUGCUGUGUUAUUUUUAAAUAAUUUAUGUAUAUGGAAAAGAUUUCUAUUUGAUUUUUUUUUUAACAUUAAAAUCAUCUAAAAUGUGCCGUAACCCAAAUUGUUACUUUUUAACAAAUUAUAUAAUCAAUCAAUAGUCAAUUUAACGCAAAUAACCAUCCAAAUUUAGAUAUAGUUUUAGAUAUACACAGGCCAAAACAGGCUUCUGAAAUUAACUGUACACAUCUUAUACAGAAGAGAGUGGCCUGGGAUUUUCUGGGUGUACUGUCUAUUUGAAUGGGACCAGACCAAAAGUUCUCCUGUUAAAGGGACACUAAACCCAACAUUUUUUUUUCAUGAUUCAGAUAGAGAAUACAAUUUUAAACAGCAUUACAAUUUACUUCUAUUUUCUAAUUUUAGAUAUGCUUUGUUGAAGAAAUAGCAAUGCAUAUGGGUGAGCCAAUCACACGAGGCAUCUAUGUGCAGCAACCAAUCAACAGCUACUGAGCCUAUCUAGAUAUGCUUUUCAGCAAUGUAUUUCAAGAGAAUGAAGUAAAUUAGAAAUUUGUUUAAAAUCGCAUGCUCUUUCUAAAUCAUGAAAGAAAAAAUAUGGGUUUCAUGUCCCUUUAAAUGUGCAAAUUGGAUGAAAGAGACUCCACCAGUAAUACGCAUCACCCCACAGAACAAACUGCUAAUUUAAUGUGUUUCUUAUGUGACUCCAUUGAAUGCAAAUACAUUCUUGUCCUGUAUUUAUACUUGGUGUUUUUUUUUUUGCCAUUUUAAACUUAAGCAACGACCGCAUUAAAAAUUAUACAUGAUUUGAAAAAACAAAUGUAUUAAUGAUAAAGUUUAAUCAGAUCAGUGGGACUCUGUCUUAAUGCCACAGGUUUUGACCACGUACUAUGGUGACCCAUUUGUCAAUUCUAUAGCACAUUUCCCUCAUUUGCUCUUUCCCAUUGUCUCUCUUGUGAUCACCUUUUUUUAAUGAUAGCAAAGAUGUUUGAAAAAAAUGAGCCAUGAGUGACUAUUGACUGCAGGCAAAUACUGAUUUCCUAUGUGUAUAUAUGUCAGUUCCUUAGAUAAAAAUGAUCACUUGUGUUUAAAUUCAAAAUUUGGGGCAGCCAUCUUUGAUAAAAAAAAGUAUUGGCCAUAAUAAUUUACAUAAAUAUGGAAGUGGAAUUACAUCAAAACUAAAUCUAUAUAUUACCUUUUACAGGAAAAUCUCUUAAUACUACUGGAUCAACAAGCAUAGUAUGGUGAUCUCUUAAUUUACAGCAGACAUCAGUUGCCCCUCAGUUCAUGAUAGAAAGCCUCUAAACCAAUUUGCAAAGCACAUAUGCACCGUAAAUUGAAGUUGCUGUUCUGUACCUCUGCAAAUGUGUCUACACAGGUACCAGGAAUAGCUAUACAAUACAAAUGUAUGAAUAUCCAUAGGUUCCUGGCUAGAAUCCAGUUAACUAUAACUAUUAAUGUUUUAGAUUCACAUUCUCACAUUUCAAAAAGAACUGCAUACGCCAUACAUGAUCUAGCUAAGGGCAUUCUGCCAGUUUUCUAAUGGAACAUUUUAUUACAAAAAGAAACGGGGUUUGGGAGUAGGGGAGAAAGCAACCCUGAAAGAAAACAUAGAAGGAAUUACUAAUAGCCUAAGAAGGUUUAGAAACCCCUUCAAAUCCCAAAUGACUCAUAUGAUUAUGUAAUGUCAAUAGCAAAAAUCACAGCUUCAGCUUUUCCCCCUCAAUAACUACAUGGGAUAUCAAAUUCUGCUAAAACUAAAUGGACAUUAAUUAAACCAUUUUCUUUCACGAUUUAGAGCAUAGAAUGUUAAACAGCUUUCCAAUUUACUUCUAUAACAAAUCUGCUUCAUUGUCUUGGUAUCUUUUGUUGAAAGAGGAGCAAUGCACUACUGAGAGCUGGCUGUACAUGAGACAUAUAUGUCCAGUCACCAAUCAGAAGCUAGCUCCCAGUGGUGCUUUGCUGCUCCUGAGCCUAACUAAAUUUGUUUUUCAACAAAGGAUGACAAGAAUAUGAAACAAAUUAGAUAAUAGAAGUAAAUUGGAAAGUUGUUAUGCUCUAACAGAAUCAUGAAAUUUUAAUUUUGGCUUUAGUGUACCAUUAAAAUUUAAAAUGAAUUUGUUGAAUAAUGAAUGUUAUAUUCAGUUUCAUAACAUGAAUAAUUUUACACCUUUUUAAUGCUCUGCAGUAAAGUGAAACAUCAAGCUUGAUUAAAAUAACGCCAUCAUUCAAAAAUACUUGUGACAGCAGAUUGUUGGUGGCUAUAUUUACUGAGCUGUAUUACAAACAAGGAUCUCAAUUAUAGCAUUGUUGCGCUAUUAAUGUGUUUUUUACUUAGUAGCAGCUACUUCAUUAAUGUGUCAGUAUAAACUUCUCAAUUUUUAGCACAAAAUUCAGACAUCAGAGAAAUCACAAAAAGGCACUAUAAAAUGCCAACUUUUUUCUUCUUCCUAUUUAUAUAGUUUUCUAUCUUUUACAUCUGUCUUUUUGUUUUAGAGUUUAUCAUAGCUGGAACUGUGGUAAAAAUGAAAAUGUGCAAGAUAUUUUGUGUAUUUCUUGUUUCUGUGUGUCAUGUUUGUAUACACUGGGUUUGUAACUUUUAGGCCAUUAACAAACCAAGAGGAGGGUAAUGCUAAACAGCCCAUACAUUUAGGACUCAGGGCAUUAAAUAAUACUGUGAUAACUGCAGCUUCUAUUUUUGUUAAAGCAUGAAGUGAAUUAUUUGGCUAUAUGUAAAUAAUGACAUUUUUCUAUUCCCAAAUAACUUGAUGAUUGCAGUUUUGAUUAUAAAAUGUAUAUUCUGUUAAAAUAAACAUUGUCAUUCAUUGCAUAAA